UUUGUUUCCAAUGUUUUCUUGUAGCUUUACAUGGAGACCAUCCAGGAUCUCCUUGAUCCGGCAAAUGAUAAUAUAUAUUCAACCAUGUUACUGCAGGUACAUGUUAAGAGAUCAGUCUUGGGAGAAGAAGUUGCCAUUCCAAGUGAAUCAGACAAGUCUUCUCACUUUUUUAAACCUCCAAAGCCUCUUGUCCGGAAAAGCAAGCUAGUAUUGGUAGAUUUGGCAGGCUCAGAGCGUGUUCAAAAGUCAGGAAGUGAGGGACACAUGUUAGAAGAAGCUAAGUUUAUUAACCUGUCACUGAGUGCUUUGGGAAAGUGUAUUAAUGCUUUAGCAGAGAAUAGCGCUCAUGUGCCCAUUCGUGAUUCAAAACUUACGAGGCUACUCAGAGAUUCUUUCGGAGGUACUGCCAAGACCUCAUUAAUUGUGACAAUUGGCCCUUCCCCACGACAUCGAGGAGAGACUACAAGUACGAUAUUGUUUGGUCAAAGGGUGGAGAAUAUGUUGAGAAUAAAGGACGAGUUUGAUUAUAAAAGUUUGGCUAAAAGGCUUGAAAUACAACUGGACAAGCUCGUUGCAGAAAAUGAAAGGCAACAGAAGGCUUUUGAUGACGAAGUUGAAAGAAUAAACUUAGAAGCACAAAACCGUGUCUCUGAGGUUGAGAGAAAUUUCACAGAUGCCUUAGAGAAGGAACGACUAAAGUGCCAUAUGGAAUAUAUGGAAUCAGUUAAAAAGCUGGAGGAAAGAUGAUAGAAAAUCAACGGAAGCAUCAGC